GCUCGCCGCAGCAGGGCCGGGAGACAGGUGCACCCAGGCCUCGCCAGCUCCGGCUGCCUGGGAGCUGAGGCACCUCCCCUGUCACAGUCGGUGGCUGUCAAAACUGGCCUUUGUAUGCUUCUGCUUCCCUCCACGCUUUGGCAUGCAAAGCACACCUUUUUUCUGGUCUUUGCAGUUUGGGGAAGAUGAUUACAGCUAAGCCAGGGAAAACACCGAUUCAGGUAUUACAUGAAUACGGCAUGAAGACCAAGAACAUCCCGGUUUAUGAAUGUGAAAGAUCAGAUGUGCAAAUACAUGUGCCCACUUUCACCUUCAGAGUAACCGUUGGUGACAUAACCUGCACAGGUGAAGGUACAAGUAAGAAGCUGGCGAAACAUAGAGCUGCAGAGGCUGCCAUAAACAUUUUGAAAGCCAAUGCAAGUAUUUGCUUUGCAGUUCCUGACCCCUUAAUGCCUGACCCUUCCAAGCAACCGAAGAACCAGCUUAAUCCUAUUGGUUCAUUACAGGUAAGUUGUACAGUUUUUCCAUACUUAACAUUUUGUCUACUGAUAAAAGGAAAGGGGGCUUCAAAAAAACAAGCCAAGAGAAAUGCUGCUGAGAAAUUUCUUGCCAAAUUCAGUAAUAUUUCUCCGGACAACCACAUUUCUUUAACAAAUGUAGUAGGACAUUCUUUAGGAUGUACUUGGCAUUCCUUGAGAAAUUCUCCUGGUGAAAAGAUCAACUUACUGAAAAGAAGCCUCCUCAGUAUUCCAAACAUGGAUUAUAUCCAGUUGCUUAGUGAAAUUGCCAAGGAACAAGGUUUUAAUAUAACAUAUUUGGAUAUAGAAGAACUGAGUGCCAAUGGACAGUAUCAGUGUCUGGCUGAAUUGUCAACUAGUCCCAUCACAGUCUGUCAUGGCUCUGGGAUCUCCUGUGGCAAUGCACAAAGCGACGCAGCUCACAAUGCUUUGCAGUAUUUAAAGAUAAUCGCAGAAAGAAAGUAAACUUGGCACAACUUAGAAAAUCCUUCAGUAGCACAUAAAAAGUUCCCUUCCUUUCCCAAGUAAAAUGUUUACUAUGUUUGAGUUUGUGUGUUGUUUCUAAAUCUCUUCACAGAUUCCAUCAACACUCCAGACUUAAUUAUCUCAUAGGAGUUGUUAUUAAGCUCUUUUUAAUGGCUUCAACUUUGUAUUGGUAUAUUGUAUUUAUAAACUUUGUACCACAAAGCAGAGUGUAGCACUCGUUUUACAACGCCAUGCACGUAGGAGGAAGAAGAUGCAUGUUUUUUGUUUAUAAUGAUGUUGACAAUGAUGAAAUAAAACUACUGCUAGCAACAGUCUUACUGGUGCUUAAACUCUUCUUUGUGCAAGGCUUUGUAAAGGGAAUUCAAAGGACAACACUAACAAGCUUUUAUUGAAUGUGACUGUAAAAUUGCAGGGAAAUGAUUGGUCUACUGUGUAUCUGAAU